AUGUGGGUUCGAAGCGUCAAGAAUGCUUCCAUGCAGGAAUGCCAACACACGCCGGUGAUAUUCAAAAUUAGAACUUCGCCCCUUGCAUUAAGAUGCAUACGAAUAAGAAUGCGAUCGGAACCGGCGUUCGAAAUUCAAACUUGUUCCCGCUCAUUAAGAUACACGCUGUCGCUCGUGUCGUCGCUGUCUUUUUGCGUCAAAGGAAUUUACGCUUUAAUUUCAAAAAAGCUACAACAGCCCGUGGAGUUGGACGACUGUGACCGCUACCGGCGACUGACCGCGGGCGCCGCGCGGGCCGCCGCCUGCGCACUGAGCCGUGAGCGACGCACGGGGGAGCAGCGGGGAGUGUGGUGGGGGAGGGGGGGGGGGCAGAGGGGCCCGCGGGAGAGAGAGGAGCGGGGGGAGGAGGGGGAGGGCAUUAGACACGCAACACGACGGAACAUUAGAUGUAUAUCGGCGAGCGGCCACCUUCUACGACGUGCUGAAGUGAUUCGUGCAAAGACUAAACUAUUUCCAAAGUUCCCGAACUUGGUUAAAGACAAUAGUCCGUUUCAAGCCGUACUGUAUCUUAAUAAGGUCCGUUUCCGUUCACCCCGCGGCACCCUCUGUAUGGCGAACGUAAUGAUCCGUCCGAUAUCGUUAGCUCCCCGUGUCGUGGUCGUAAGGUGUUAA